AUGGUCUCAUUUUCCAAGUCUGUUUUUGAUGCAACACCAAAUAAUGGUAGUUGGGAUGAGUAUAAAUUCUCCCCAAAGCAAAGAACUGUUUACGGUAAAGAGAUUUAUAAUCAUGAAGGAACCAUUCACGAUGUUGAAAAACUAUUAAGUGAUGACACCAAAGAAUCAACAAUUCUAUACCAGAAUAGCUUGGUUACCAUUGAUUUCGGUUUGAAUACUUGUGGCUUGGUCAGUAUUGAAUUCGGUGAUUCUACGAACGACCAGGAAUUGAAUUUGUCUUAUUCAGAAUCAAGGCUAUUUAUUGACAAGUAUACCAGUGACAGAAGUAUGGAUUUCUUCAUUGAAGAUGGAGUUCAUUGCAUUCUGGUAAAGAAGGGUGUCUUCAAAACUCCUUGGGUCAAACAGAGGGGUGCAUUUAGAUACUUGACUUUAUGGACUGAUAAGGCAGGCUCGAUAGAAAUUAAGAACGUCAAUACACAUAUGACAUGUAUGCCAAGUUUAAAAAAAGAUUUAUCCAACUACAGUGGAUACUUUUAUUCUAAUGAUGAUUUUGUUAAUACAAUUUGGUAUGCGGGUGCAUAUACUAUUCAAUUGUCUACGAUGCCAUCAAAUUCAGGCCGUAGGCACGAUAUUGUAAUGGAUAAUAAGAGCUGGUUUAAUGAUGCUGUUGCUUCUUUUGGAGAAGAAUUCUUAGCUGAUGGUGCAAGGAGAGAUCGAAGUAUUUGGUCUGGUGAUCGUUCAAUAUCAGUUUUGACUGAAUUCAUCUCGUUCAACUCGAAUUCGACUAUUAAUGGCUCUGAAUGGAUGCUUAAUGAACAAUUAGAUAAUGGGCAGUAUCCAUAUGCAUGUAGUCCAAUUUCUACUUACGGUUCAGACCUGUAUCAUUUGUGGACCUUGGUAUCAUUGUAUCAAAACUAUAAACUUUCUGGAUGUUCUCUUGAAUGGGUCAAGAACUACUGGCCCGCUUGGAAAAAAGCCAUAAAUUUUUCGUGGGAAAAAGUUGACGAAACAGGUACUUUAUGCGUGAGUGAACCAUUAGACUGGGGACGUAACCCGUUAAAGGGCCAUGUUUUGAGUGUUAAUUGUAUUCUUUAUCAUGUCUUAAUGAAAGGUUCCGAAUUAGCCUUGUCUUUAAAUGACAAUGAAAUUCAAGUUCAGUACCUUGAUAGAGCUAAGUCAUUAAAGAAUUCAAUAAAUGAAUACUUGUGGAACGAAAACGAAGGGUUAUUUCGGGAUUAUGAAGGCUCUGAAAUCCAUUCUCAAGACGGAAAUACAAUUGCUAUUUGGUUCGAUGUUGCAAGCAAUGAUAAAAAAGAGUUGAUUUCUGAUAACUUGACCAAAAGAUGGACAAAAUUUGGGGCGGUAGCACCAGAAUCUCCAGGCAUGAUAUCCCCUUUUAUUUCGUCCAUUGAGUUGUUUGCUCAUACCCUUGCAGGCCACCCUGAUAGAUCAUUUGAGUUAUUCAAGAACAUGUGGGGAUAUAUUUGGAAUUCACCUUACAGCGUACAAUCAUCUUUGAUUGAGGGCUAUUAUCAUGAUGGCUCUUGUAAGUACCCCUUUACCUUAUAUGAUCCUUCGUAUAUUUCCCACUGUCAUCCAUGGGCAACAGGUCCAACUGUCUUUUACUCAUUUUACCACGUUGGUUUACAAUUUAUCUCUCCAGACCAUUCGCAGUGGAAUUUUAUACCAAAAGGGGUAUUUUCGGAGGGAAGCUUAGAAUUUGCUCAAACAGGCUACACCUCGAAAUCUGUCGGUUUUAUUUCUGCUGGCUGGAAGAAAUUAACUUCUAAUAUCUUAGAAUUGGCUAUUAAAGCACCUAAAACUUCAACGGGGACUAUUGGUGUUCCCAAUGAUAAAAAAUUAUUAAAGUUAGAAUUAAAUGGCACCGAAAUCGAUAUAUAUAAAUAUGAUAAAAAUGAAGAGCAUGUUUUAGUUCCUAAUAUUCAUGAGGGUAACAACACCUUAAUUGCCACGUACAAAGACUAA